CGUGGGCCCGGUGGCCGACAGCCCGCUGUGUCACGCCCCGCAGCUGCCGCAGGCCUCGUGCGAGCACCCGAGGCGCCUGACCGACAACUACAACAAGAUCCUGCAGCUGGACCCGGGCCAGGGCCUGGUGGUCGUGUGCGGCUCCAUCUACCAGGGCUUCUGCCAGCUGCGGCGCCGGGGCAACAUCUCGGCGGUGGCCGUGCCCUUCCCGCCCGCCGCGCCGCCCGCCGAGCCGGUCACCGUGUUCCCCAGCAUGCUCAACGUGGCGGCCAACCACCCCAACGCGUCCACCGUGGGGCUGGUGCUGCCGCCGGCCGCGGGCGCGGGGGGCAGCCGCCUGCUGGUGGGCGCCACGUACACGGGCUACGGCAGCGCCUACUUCCCGCGCAACCGCAGCCUGGAGGACCACCGCUUCGAGAACACGCCCGAGAUCGCCAUCCGCUCCCUGGACGCGCGCGGCGACCUGGCCAAGCUCUUCACCUUCGACCUCAACCCGUCCGACGACAACAUCCUCAAGAUCAAGCAGGGCGCCAAGGAGCAGCACAAGCUGGGCUUCGUGCGCGCCUUCCUGCACCCGGCCGCGCCGCCGCGGGCCGCGCCGUCCUACGCGUACCUGGCGCUCAACAGCGAGGCGCGCGCGGGCGACAAGGAGAGCCAGGCGCGGAGCCUGCUGGCGCGCAUCUGCCUGCCCCGCGGCGCCGGGGGCGACGCCAAGAAGCUCACCGAGUCCUACAUCCAGUUGGGCUUGCAGUGCGCGGGCGGCGCGGGUCGCGGCGACCUCUACAGCCGCCUGGUGUCCGUGUUCCCCGCGCGCGACUGGCUCUUUGCGGUCUUUGAGCGGCCCCAGGGGACCCCCGCGGCCCGAGCGGCUCCGGCGGCGCUCUGCGCCUUCCGCUUCGCCGACGUGCAAGCCGCCAUCCGCGCCGCUCGCACCGCGUGCUUCGUGGAGCCCGCGCCCGACGUGGUGGCCGUGCUGGACAGCGUGGUGCAGGGCACCGGGCCGAGGUCUGAGCUGCCGUCUCUCUUCCAGCUCCAGCCAGAGCAGCUGGACUGUGGCGCCGCCCACCUGCAGCACCCCCUGUCCAUCCUGCAGCCCCUCAAGUCCUCGCCCGUGUUCCGGGCUCCGGGGCUCACGUCCGUGGCCGUGGCCAGCGCCAACAAUUACACCGUGGUCUUCCUGGGCACGGUCAAUGGCCGGCUCCUCAAGGUGAACCUGAACGAGAGCAUGCAGGUGGUGAGCAGGAGGGUGGUGACGGUGGCUUACGGGGAGCCCGUGCACCCCGUCAUGCAGUUUGACCCCGCGGACCCCGGGUACCUGUAUCUGAUGACAUCCCACCAGAUGGCCCGAGUCAAGGUGGCGGCCUGCGACGUCCAUGUCACCUGCGCAGCCUGCCUGGGUGCGGCCGACGCCUACUGCGGCUGGUGCGCCCUGGAGACCAGGUGCACGCUGCAGCAGGACUGUGCCAACGCCACCCAGCCGCACUUCUGGACCAGCGCCAGCGAGGGGCCCGGCCGCUGCCCGGCCAUGACCGUCCUGCCCGCCGAGAUCGACGUGCGCCGCGAGUACCCCGGCAUGAUCCUGCAGAUCUCGGGCAGCCUGCCCAGCCUCAGUGGCAUGCACAUGGCCUGUGACUACGGAAAGGACAUCCGCACCGUGGCCCGGGUCCCCGGCCCCGCCUACGGCCACCAGAUCGCCUACUGCAACCUGCUGCCCAGGACGCAGUUCCCGCCCUUCCCCGCCCACCAGGACCACGUGACCCUGGAGAUGGCCCUGAGGGUCAAUGGGCGCGACAUCGUCUGGGCCAACUUCACCAUCUACGACUGCAGCCGCGUGGCCCAGGUGUACCCCCAGGCGGCCUGCACCCGCUGUCUGUCGGCACCGUGGCCCUGCUUCUGGUGCACCCAGCAGCACGCCUGUGUCUCCAACCAGUCCCGCUGCGAGGCCUCGCCAAACCCCACGGACCCUCAGGACUGCCCCCAGAUCCUGCCCUUGUCCCUGGCGCCUGUCCCCACGGGGGGCCCCCAGGAUAUCCUGGUGCCCCUGGCUAACGCGGCCUCCUUCCACGGGGCAGCCCUGGAGUGCAGCUUGGGGCCAGAGGACACCUUCGAGGCCACGUGGCUCAACGCCUCAGUGGUACGCUGCAACCAAGUGGCGCUGCACACGACCCUGAAGACCCAGGAGUUUGCCCUCAGCCUCCAACUGAAGGGGCGGCCCUCGCAGUUCCUGGACAACCCCCAGCCCCCCAUAACAGUUGUGGUCUAUAACUGUGCCAUGGGCAGCCCCGACUGUUCCCAGUGCCUAGGCCGCGAGGACCAGGGUCACCUGUGUGUGUGGAGCGACGGCUGCCGCCUGCGGGGACCCUUGCAGCCCCUGCCCGGCUCCUGCCCCGCACCUGAGAUCCGUGCGAUCGAGCCCCUGAGUGGCCCCUUGGAUGGCGGGACCCUGCUGACCAUCCGCGGCAGGAACCUGGGCCGCCGGCUCAGUGACGUGGCCCACGGCGUGUGGAUCGGCAGCGUGGCCUGUGAGCCGCUGGCGGACAGAUACACGGUGUCGGAGGAGCUGCCUCUGGUCCACAACCUGGACCCUAAAAUGGGCCCCAAGGCAGGGGGCACCAGGAUCACCAUCCAUGGGAGUGACCUCCACGUGGGCUCCGAGCUCCAGGUCCUGGUGAACGACACAGACCCCUGCACGGAGCUUGUGCGCACGGAAACCAGCAUCACCUGCACGGUGCCCGGGGGCGCCCAGGCGGCCCCGGUGCCCGUGUGCGUGCGCCUGGAGCGCAGGGGCUGCGUGCGCGGCAACCUCACCUUCUGGUACAUGCCGAACCCCGUGAUCACGGCCAUCAGCCCCCGCCGCAGCCCCGUCAGCGGCGGCAGGACCAUCACGGUGGCUGGCGAGCGUUUCCACAUGGUCCAGAACGUGUCCAUGUCCGUGCACCACAUUGGCCGGGAGCCCACGCUCUGCAAGGUCCUCAAUGCCACCCUCAUCACCUGCCCGUCCCCGGGGGCCCUGAGCAAUACCUCGGCCCCCGUGGACUUCUUCAUCAACGGGCGGGCCUACGCCGACGAGGUGGCGGUGGCCGAGGAGCUGGGGGACCCCGAGGAGGUGCCGCGGGGCAGCAGGUUCCGCCUGGACUACCUCCCCAACCCGCAGUUCUCCACCGCCAAGCGCGAGAAGUGGAUCAAGCACCACCCUGGGGAGCCCCUCACCCUGGUCAUCCACAAGGAGCAGGACAGCCUGGGACUCGAGAGCCACGAGUACCGCGUCAAGAUAGGCCAGGUGGCCUGCGACAUCCAGAUCAUCUCGGAGAGGGUCAUCCACUGUUCGGUCAAUGAGUCCCUGGGCGCCGCCGAGGGGCAGCUGCCCAUCACGAUCCAAGUAGGGAACUUCAACCAGACCAUCGCCACGUUGCAGCUGGGGGGCAGCGAGACCGCCAUCAUAGUGUCCAUCGUUAUCUGCAGCGUCCUGCUGUUGCUCUCUGUGGUUGCCCUGUUUGUCUUUUGUACCAAGAGCCGCCGCGCAGAGCGCUACUGGCAGAAGACGCUCCUGCAGAUGGAGGAGAUGGAAUCGCAGAUCCGCGAGGAGAUCCGCAAAGGCUUCGCAGAGCUUCAGACGGACAUGACAGAUCUGACCAAAGAGCUGAACCGCAGCCAGGGCAUCCCCUUCCUGGAAUAUAAGCACUUUGUGACCCGCACCUUCUUCCCCAAGUGCUCCUCCCUUUCCGAAGAGCGCUACGUGUCGCCCUCGAAGACCCUCAGUCCCCAGGGGAGUGGGUCCGCGCCGCAGGAGACCCACCCGCUGCUGGGAGAGUGGACCAUCCCCGAGAGCUGCCGGCCGCACAUGGAGGAGGGCAUCAGCCUCUUCUCGUCCCUGCUCAACAACAAGCACUUCCUCAUCGUCUUCGUGCACGCCCUGGAGCAGCAGAAGGACUUUGUCGUGCGGGACAGGUGCAGCCUGGCCUCGCUGCUGACCAUCGCUCUGCACGGCAAAUUGGAGUACUAUACAGGCAUCAUGAAGGAGCUGCUGGUGGACCUCAUCGACGCCUCGGCCGCCAAGAACCCCAAGCUCAUGCUGCGGCGCACCGAGUCGGUGGUGGAGAAGAUGCUCACCAACUGGAUGUCCAUCUGCAUGUACAGCUGCCUGCGGGAGACGGUCGGGGAGCCAUUCUUCCUGCUCCUGUGUGCCAUCAAGCAGCAGAUCAACAAGGGCUCCAUCGACGCCAUCACUGGCAAGGCCCGCUACACGCUCAACGAGGAGUGGCUGCUGCGGGAGAACAUAGAGGCCAAGCCCAGGAACCUGAACGUGUCCUUCCAGGGCUGCGGCAUGGACUCGCUGAGCGUGCGAGCCAUGGACACCGACACGCUGACACAAGUGAAGGAGAAGAUUCUGGAAGCCUUCUGCAAGAAUGUGCCCUAUUCGCAGUGGCCGCGGGCCGAGGACGUGGACCUUGAGUGGUUUGCCUCGAGCACCCAGAGCUACAUCCUGCGGGACCUGGACGACACCUCGGUGGUGGAGGACGGCCGCAAGAAGCUCAACACGCUGGCCCACUACAAGAUCCCCGAAGGGGCCUCUCUGGCCAUGAGCCUGUCGGACAAGAAGGACAAUACCCUGGGCCGAGUGAAGGACUUGGACACGGAGAAGUAUUUCCACUUGGUGCUGCCCACCGAUGAGCUGGCGGAACCCAAGAAGUCCCACCGACAGAGCCACCGGAAGAAGGUGCUCCCCGAGAUCUACCUGACCCGCCUGCUGUCCACCAAGGGCACGCUGCAGAAGUUUCUGGACGACUUGUUCAAGGCCAUUCUGAGCAUCCGGGAAGACAAGCCCCCGCUGGCCGUCAAGUACUUCUUCGACUUCCUGGAAGAGCAGGCCGAGAAGAGGGGAAUCUCCGACCCGGACACCCUGCACAUUUGGAAGACCAACAGCCUCCCCCUGCGGUUCUGGGUGAACAUUCUGAAGAACCCCCAGUUCGUCUUCGACAUCGAGAAGACGGACCACAUCGACGCCUGCCUCUCCGUCAUCGCCCAGGCCUUCAUCGACGCCUGCUCCAUCUCCGACCUGCAGCUGGGCAAGGACUCUCCCACCAACAAGCUGCUGUACGCCAAGGAGAUCCCCGAGUACCGCAAGGUCGUGCAGCGCUACUACAAGCAGAUCCAGGACAUGACGCCGCUCAGCGAGCAGGAGAUGAACGCGCACCUGGCGGAGGAGUCGCGGAAAUACCAGAACGAGUUCAAUACCAACGUGGCCAUGGCAGAGAUCUAUAAAUACGCCAAGAGGUAUCGGCCCCAGAUCAUGGCCGCCCUGGAGGCCAACCCCACGGCCCGCAGGACGCAGCUGCAGCACAAGUUCGAGCAGGUGGUGGCCCUGAUGGAGAACAACAUCUACGAGUGCUACAGCGAGGCCUGACCGCGGCCGAGUCGGGCUGCCACACCGAGGAGCGGAGGAGGCUCAGGAGGAGGGCGGACCAGGGAGGCCAGGCCUGGAGCCCCCAAGCCCGGCCCCAGGGAGGCCUCUGUGUCCCCUCCGACUGGCUCUGACUCUGGGAUGGGGGCCGCUCUCUGGGAAGCUGUCCCCGUCCACCCAGCACAGUGACCUGCCCUGCACCAGCCAGCUGCUAAGACAGCCCGGCCUCAACCCGGGGAGCGGAGGCUGCAGCCCCCCAAAACACUACCUCAUGCAAACUGGAGCGAGAGGGGGGAGCCCUGGAUGGCUUUGUGCUUUCACCACC